CGCCACAAAAAACGACGCCUGUGUGAUUCGAACACACGCUCCCGAAGGAAAUGCCUAAACUUUACCGCUGGAUAAUAGCAGGGCAUCGCGUUAACCACUCCGCCAAAGCGCCUUGGAUUGCGGAGGUUGGUUAGACCUCACUGCGAUGGAGUGUGGGGUAAAUUUGGCACUAUAUGGUUACUUGCACAGGUGAGGGAGGUGGUUGAAGCAUCACGCCAUCGCGCGGCCAUCAGGGACUCGGAGUUGCCAGAUGACGAGAGUAAAGUCGUCUGGUGGGCGCAUGGGUGUCAAGUCGGGUCCAGGUCGGUAUAACCACUGGUGAAGCGGUGUCCACGAACGGAAGGAAGGAGAGAAAAGAACAGAAGGAUUUUGGAAGGUGCGACGCCAAAAACACAACGCGCCAAAAGGGCAUGGGUCUGCCGCUAAACCAUUGACUUUCGCCUCGAAUUCCGACCAUACCCACUACCGUGUCAUUCACACAGACCUAUGUCGGAUCAACAAUCUGAGGAGAUCAUAGUAAUACUCCGCAGAGCUCUGGACUCAUCAGAAGUUCUAACGCAGGAUGAACGACACAAAGCCUCAUUUCGCCUUCCUCCAGCCGAAGAGGAUACCUUAGUGCAAGGAACAACAAGAAAUGCUUCUCGUGCAGAGCUGAUACAAGCAUGUCUCGACAAAGGAGCUUGGGAUUUGACAGAUGGAGAACUGCAAAUAAUCAUCAAGGGCAUUUCAUCAAAUACAGAAUCACCACUACAGCGCGUCAACGUCUUCAAGAGCCAACAAGGCCAAGAAGUGCAAGACUUGAUGGACCAAGUAUAUGCGAGUCACAGACUCAACGAUCCUGGUGAAUUGGAUGCUAUAAUGCAAUGUUACAAGGAGCAAAAUUAUCGCAGAGAGGCAGCACGCACGACGAGACAACUACAUCGCUACCGCCUUGUUGAGCGACGAUACCAAGAAUUACUUCAAGACGGCAUACAAAAAGCACAACCCAUCGCAGAUUACGCUUUGAAAAGAAGAGCAUUCGAGCAAAUCAUGAGAGAGACCAAAGGCCAGGUAGACUUUCCUCGACCACCGACCAACGACUCUCUGUCCCAGAAAAUCCAAGACUUUGCUAUAAAAGCGCAAUUAAAACCACGUCUCGACAUCGGCAUCUGGGGCUUUGCAAUUCUUCGCCUCGAUUACAGUGACGACGAAGCUUGGGCAAUAUUCAAAUCGAACGUCGAGACCGUUGCGCAGAAGGUUAUGCGUAGCAACAAUGUUCCAGAGCCUACAUGCAAGAUGCUACAAUUCGUCUAUUUGGAAGAUGAAGAAGCACUUUCCGGGGAAGUGGAUCAGACAAAAUUGGUCGGGUACUGGAAGAAGAAUGGAUGGAACGAGAAUGUCCACAUGCAGAUAAAUCACCAGUUCUUCUUCUCUGCCACGGGAAAGUUAUCGCCGCAUGAGAACCCGAACAUACCAUCUCUGUAUCUGCAUGAUACUUACGUCGAGGAAACCCCGACCGAUCCGAGCGCAUUUCCAGGAUUCAUACUUACAGAUAUAUUUCAAUUCUUUGCUGGCGGUAUCGCUGGGCUGGAGACGAGCCGUCGGUAUGUAAAGUCUGUGUGGGAUAUUCUAAAUUGAAAUCGCUGUCACAAUUGCCUAUUGCUGAACGACAUU